AGCCAGUUUGGCUCAAGACUCCCUGGCUCAAGCCUCGCAGUUGUACCCCUGGCCCGCACAAGAGCCACAGGCGGCCCGGUCGAGAUGUCGGCAUCGUUCCGCAACCGCUCUUGCAACGCCCUCCUCCUGCGGGACGACGUCGGCAGGGGCAAGCCGAGCGCCUACGACCUGCCCCACGAGAGCCACGCGUUCGGCCGGGCCGAGGCGCCAGACAUGGAGGGAGCCGGCGACGUCCUGAACAGCUGGGCGGCGCACGUGCCUGGGCCGAGGGAGGGCCCGGACCGGAGGGACUUCCUGAGAAUGAACAAGAUGGCCGCAGGCUCCAGGGUGACAACGGCCAAGGACCUGGCCGAGUUCCGGAAGAACAACGACGUCCGGGUGGCUCCUGCCGGGCCCACCGGCGCUCUCCCCAAGAUCAUCCCGUCCGACGUGUUCCCCGGCUUCGCCUACGGCAUCAAGGCCCGCCCGUCCACGCCGAUCCACCAGGUGCUCAACGGCGACUACGAGGCCGCAGAGGCGGCCCGCCUGGACCUGCUCUACAGGCAGCGGGGCGAGGCCUCCGAGGGGCGGCAGCGGAAGCACAAGGUCCAGAUGACGAAGGCGAUGAGGGCGCAGAUCGACAACGCCCGGGCCGCGAAGCUGGCGCAGAGCGCGCCGGAGCCGCCCGCCGCCUUCAAGAUGAGCAAGUACAAGAAUGUCAGCUCGAGGCUGAGCUCGGGACCGCUCGGGAAGUCGGCGUCCACGCCCGCGCUGUGAGGCCACAGCGCGGCCACCUGGAGUGCCGCCGGGUGUUCGCGGCGAGGCGCCCCCACGGUCCGCCCAGCCAGGCAUGCUUGCCCAGUUGUCUUUCUCCGGCCGCUCUCCUCCUGGCUCUGCUUCCCGCAGCGCGUCGAGGCGGCGGUGUGAGCGGACUGCUCCAGACCCGGCCUCCGUGGCUCCGACCCGUGCUCUCGCCCGGCUGCUAGCAGAGCAGGCCCUUUAAUUCGAUGGCUUUACGUACCUGGCGAUCGCAGCUCGGGCCAGACGAGGCUGGUUUCGAAAGCUGCUGCCUGCAGCUGGUUUCCACCCCGCCGCCAGGCCCUGUCCUCGAGACAUGGGCGCCUCCCAGCGCCAGGAGGCGUCAGGAAAACGGCUACGCGAGCUGAUUCUCUACCCUGCCCUUUGCUAUCCUACCCUGUGUUCACCCAGUGCAUCCUCGGCCAGGCGUGGAGGCGGUGCAGGUGCACCUCCCGCACUUGGCAGUGUGCUGCUCGCACGUUUUGCGCGCGGCACUCUCGAGCCCGCUCCUCCGAGAGGCCCGCGGCGAAAGAAAAGGGAAAGAGUUGCCUCGAGCGCUCUGUCGGGCGGCGCGCCCCCUCGGGUGCACUCGAUGUGUACCACGUCGUU